AAAACUGCACAAAUCAAAACUAGGGUUGGGGCUUUAGGUUUAAGAAAAUUGGGUCUGGGUUGAGAAUGAUUGGGUAGGGUGAUUCGAGAGGCAAGGAGAGGCAGCGAACUGAGAAGUGAAAUGAGAAUACCUGAAGCAGCGAACAGAGAGAGACGAUGGAGUUCAAUCGAUGGAGUUCAAUCGAUGGAGGCAGCAAAUCUGGCUGAUGGUCUGAGCAAAUCGAUGGCAGAGAGAGGUGUAGUCUGGCUGGAGUUCAAUCGAUGGCAGAGAGAGGUGGAGUCUGGCUGGAGUUCAAUCGAUGGAGUUCUCAAGGAAGAGAUUCAUAUAACAGAUGAUGUUUCUAGAAGUUUGAUCAGUCAUAUGUUUGCUAAAGAUUAA